AUGGCACUUCCUCUUGACAACACGUCCUUCCAUGCUGCCAUUGAGCGAGUCACUCUCCAAAUGGAGAAACGACUCGACAGUCUCGAGACUAAACGUCAGACCCUCCCACCUAAGCCCUUUCCACCCGUUGAAAAGGUCUCCGAGUAUGGCCCUACCGAUCUCGGUCUGGUUGAAUUGCUCUUGAGUCCUGGAAUCCCACAAGAAGGCAAAGGACUGGACAAGACAAUCGACCUCCUAUUGCAGUACAUUGCCCCUGCGAUUGCCGACAGUGCAGGUCCUCGGUACUUUGGCUUGGUGACUGGCGGAGCGACUCCUGCAUCAUUGGUGGCGGAUUGGAUUGUGAGUGUUGUGGACCAGAACGCGAUCUUGCAUUCUCCACGAGCCAUGUCAGGAUACAGCGUUAUCAAGGACCUUGCGAUGCGGAUGGUGUUGGAUUUGUUCGCGCUCCCGACUACUUUGCACCUUGCCGAGUCUGCGCAGCACCAGGUGUUGCAGGCACAUGAUAACAUUGAUUUCCGUGCUCUCACUACAACCGGAUCGACGGCCUCGAACGUGAUGGGCAUGGCAGCUGGUCGGCAGUGGUUAGGCAUCCAUGAUCGCAAGGUCGACUACAGCCAAGAAGGGUAUGAUGGCCAAGUAGUCGUGGUGACCAACAUGGCGCACGCGACGGUCUGGAAAGCAGCCAGUAUCUUGGGUAUUGGUCGCAAGCAGGUCAUUGAGGUUCCCGAGAUGGGUAUGGAUGUGGAGGGGAGUGAGACCAUCUUUGAGAAUGUUGUCAAGGAGCAGAGGCGCGCUGGCAAGUCUGUCCUUGUCUUCCUGAGCUUUGGAGAGGUCAACACCGGCAUUUUCCCAAUGAACACCUAUCGAAUUGCGAGUAUCUGCGAAAGCAACAACGCCUACCUUCAUAUCGAUGGCGCCUUCGGGAUUUAUGCUCGCUGCUCGCCAGAUUACUCUCAUUUGGCCCGCGGUCUUGAGAAGGCUCACAGUAUCACAGCUUGCGGUCACAAGUGGCUGAAUGUGCCUUACGACUGCGGCUUCUUCAUCUUCCGAUCGCAUCUCGAAAAGUCUAUUCUGGAGCCUAUCUUCUCCUCCUCGGCCGCCUACCUGCCUUCGUCCGACUCGGGCCCCACACACCCAAUGAACAUCUCUAUCGAGAACUCUCAACGGUUCCGAUCGUUGCCUGUCUGGGCUACACUGUACGCGUACGGCCGUAACGGCUACCAAAAGAUCAUUGAGGAGAACUGUCAGUACGCCAAGAAGCUGUUUGAUUGGAUGAAGAACGAGCGGUCUGAUUUGUACACCGUGUUGACUGAGGAAUGUCCGUUGAACGUUGUUGUGUUUGCCCAAAAGUUGACUCCAGAGUUGGAGGUGAUGCCCGAAGGUGAGGCCAAGAUUCAGGCGUUGAGCAAGAGGAAUGCGGAGUUUUUGAAGCGGAUCAACGAGACUGGGAUUGCGUACUUUUCGCCGACUGUUUGGAAGGGUCGUCCUGCGAUCCGUGCGGCGAUUAGUAACUGGAGGACGACCGUUGAAAAAGACUGGGAACCUGUUCGUGCCAUGCUUGAGCAACAAGCGAGCAUCAUUGUUUAG